AUGAGUGUCCUUCGGUUGCAAAAGAAGUUCCCAAACUUGGACCAGAGCGAACUCUUCGGGCUUAUUGAAGACUUCAGGAAAAUCGAUCUUGACGAUAACGGAUGGGUGGAUAAAAAAGACGUUAUCGAAAAUGUUUCCAAGCAAGGCAAGGGCAAUUACGAUAAAGUGAGAGAAGCACUUAAACAGGUGUCAAUUGAUGCCUCUGGUCACGUGGAGUUAGAAGAUUACGUUGAGCUUAAUUCCGUCUUAAAAAGCGAGUCUACCGAUGCGCAAUCCGAGGCAUCAAACCCAUCGGCACAUGAUGCAUCGGAUGCAAGGGGGGAGAAUUUUGGCAGUAUUCGGCAAAGAUUUGGAGCAGCAGGUGGCCGGUCGAAAAUUGCCAUGCCUGGUGCACCGGCACCAGAGCAAUUUGUUCAUGAAGGCUCUGGGGCAAAUGCAAAAGUGCUUAUCAACCAAUCGGGAAACAUCCACACAAUCAACGACGAGGAGAGAGUCGAAUUCACAAGACACAUCAAUGCGGUUUUAGCUGGUGAUUCGCUUGUAGGUGAACGGUUGCCAGUUCCAUUGGACAGCUUCCAGAUAUUCGAUGAGUGCACGGAUGGCUUGAUUUUAUCUGCUUUGAUAAACGACUCCGUGCCAGAUACAAUCGAUACACGUGUUUUGAACGUUUCGAAAAACGGGAAACCGUUGAACAACUUCAAGAUGCUUGAAAACGCAAACAUCGUGCUCAACUCGGCAAAGGCUAUUGGCUGUGUUGUGGUGAAUGUCCACUCGGAGGAUAUAGUUGAUGGUAAGGAGCACUUGAUAUUAGGCUUGAUAUGGCAGAUAAUCCGGAAGGGAUUGCUCAGCAAGAUCGACAUCAAGAUUCACCCCGAGUUGUACAGACUUUUGGAGGAUGAUGAGACGCUUGAGGAGUUCUUGCGUCUCCCACCUGAACAGAUCUUACUCAGAUGGUUCAACUACCACUUGAAGAACGCGGGAUGGGAGCGGAGAGUGCACAACUUCAGCAGCGAUAUCCGGGAUGGUGAGAAUUACACGAUAUUAUUGAACCAAUUGGCACCGGAUCAGUGCUCAAAGUCUCCACUACAGAUUCAGGAUUUGUUGCAGAGGGCCGAGCAAAUAUUGUCGAACGCCGACAAGAUCGGAUGCAGGAAGUACUUGACACCCAAGGCACUUGUUGCCGGAAACUCGAAGCUUAAUUUGGCCUUCGUUGCACACUUGUUCAACACAUGUCCUGGAUUGGAUCCCAUCGAGGAGGAUGAGAAGCCGGAAAUCGAAGAGUUUGAUGCCGAAGGUGAGCGUGAGGCCAGGGUGUUCACUUUGUGGCUCAACUCUUUGGAUGUGGAUCCACCAAUUGUGUCUCUCUUUGAGGAUUUGAAGGAUGGAACCAUUCUCAUGCAGGCAUUCGACAAAGUGAUGCCUGGAUCCGUGCAAAUGAAUCACGUGAACAAAACGCCUACGAACGGCAGGAAGAUGUCGAGAUUCAAGCAGCUUGAGAACACUAACUACGCAGUUGCUAUAGGUAAGGCCAACCACUUCUCACUUGUGGGAAUAGAGGGCUCUGACAUCACGGAUGGAAACAAGAUGCUUACGUUGGGCUUGGUGUGGCAGUUGAUGCGUAGAAACAUUAACAACACACUUGCCACCUUGGCAAAGAACGGCAAAGAACUUGCAGACACAGAGAUCAUAGCCUGGGCUAACAACGAGGUUGCUAAAGGUGGAAAAAGCUCCCGUAUCAGAUCGUUUAGCGAUCCAUCGUUGGCCAAUGGUCAUUUCUUGUUGGAUGUUCUUCACGGUAUGAAACCAGGAUACGUUGACUACAGCUUGGUGACUCCGGGUAACAGUCACGAGGAGAGAUAUGCAAACGCGCGGUUGGCAAUUUCGAUUGCAAGGAAGUUGGGUGCGUUGAUCUGGUUGGUGCCGGAGGAUAUCAUUGAGGUUCGGUCGAGGUUGAUUUUGACGUUUGUGGGAUCUUUGAUGUCAUUGAGGCUAUGA